AAUAAAACAAAACAAAAAUUUUCUAUUUCCCUUUCGACAGAGGCGACAGAGGUUCAUGAUAGAGCAUAAGAGAAUUUGGUGAAAAAUCAGAAGAUAUAAUCACAAGAAAUCGAAAGCCAAAUAAAUAAUCAGAGGAAAAACCAGAGUGACAUCAGCUUGAGAUCUCCAAGAUGAGUGGUGAUAUCGACGCCACUUUCAUUGUAAACUAUGAGGGGAGGUUUGAACAAAAAGAAGGAGCAAUUUGCUAUGUAGGAGGGAGAAGCCAUUAUCUACAAUCUGUGCCUCACAGUCUGUUUAGUGGCAUUAUUUCAGCUGAAAUAGUAUAUAUGUACAAGCAACAGAUUUGGUACAAGCUGCCAUACGAAGACAUGAGUGAUCUGAAGGUCUUAUGUGAUGGAGACACAAAUUUUCAGAACUUGUGUAGGGCUGCACCAUGGAAUAAGCUUAUUGAGUUGUAUAUGGAGCACGAAAAUGCUCACAGUGAGGAUGAGGAGGAUGCAAACAGAGGCUGUGAGAAUGAGGCAGAGUCAAAUCAAGAAAAAAAUGGUCGAGAACGUGUGGAAGCAAUUGUUGCUGAGUUUGUUGAUGAGGCAGAGGAUAAUGAAGCUCUUAGAGAUACUCCUCCAAACUCGGAUGAUGAGGAAGAAAAUAUCGGUGGUGAGUAUGAGAGAUGGAGAAGAGGAAGUGGAGAGUUGAAGAUCAUGCAAGUUUUUGAGAGUAUUAACGAGUUCAAGGAAGCUGUGUUGGAAUAUGCGUUGUUAGGAGGAUGGAAUGUCAAAUAUACGAGAUGGGGAAAUGAAAUUAGUGAGGCAAGAUGUGCUGUAGUGGGUGAUAUUCCUUGUGGCUGGAGAAUAUAUUGUUCGCUCGAGAAAUCGGUGCAGAAGUAUAUGGUGAAAACAUAUCAAGAAGAGCACUCUUGUACUCCUGACGGGUGUUGCAGAUUACUAACUGACCAAGUUAUUGCUGAGCUACUGAUAAACGGGGUUAGAAAUGAUAUGACGUUGCCGGCGAGGGUCAUCCAAAACAUCAUUCAAGACCGCUACAGAUUAACAGUCACUCAUGAUAUUGCUCGGAAGGCGAGGAAGAAAGCACUAGAUAUGAUAAACGAUGAGUUUGAUCAACAAUUUGCAAGGAUGAAUGACUACAAAGAGCAAAUUCUUAUAUCGAAUCCGGGUUCUACAGUUGAUCUGGUCACGACAACUAGAGAGGAUGGAGUUGAAAUCUUUGAUAAAUUUUAUGUCUGCUUCGAAGCACUUAGGACAAUAUGGCGAGCUCACUGUCGCCCUAUUUUUGGGAUCGAUGGUUGUUUUUUGAAGUCAUCAUCAGCUGGACAACUGCUUGCAGCAGUAGGAAGAGAUGCGAACAACCAAAUUUAUCCUGUUGCGUGGGGAGUUGUCGACGUUGAGAGCGCUGACAACUGGAAAUGGUUCAUUCAACUAUUGAAAACCGACUUGAACCUUGAAGAUGGUGAUGGUUUUACACGGAUUUCAGACAAGCAGAAGGGACUCAUAAAGGCCGUAGAAGAGGAACUUCCUACGGUGGAGCACCGUAUGUGUGCUAGACACGUAUAUGGGAACCAAAAGAAGAUACACUCAAAUAAACUUCGGCUUAAGAAACUGUUUUGGGGAGUUUCAAACAGUUUUAAUGAAGGUGAUUAUAAGGUGGCAUUGAAGAAGGUUAAGGCAUUUGACACUCAAGUAUAUGAUGAUUUGAUGACGAGGUAUCCUACUACUUGUUGUCGUGCCUUCUUCAAGACUACUUCUAGCUGUGAAGAUGCACUCAAUAACUUCUCUGAAUCUUACAAUAGUGGUCUGGAGAAAGCUCGGUCUCUCCCACUGGUAGAGAUGCUAGAAACCAUGCGACGCCAAGCCAUGGUUAGGAUUGAGUUGAGGAAGAACAAGCUCACCAAGUAUAAGGCUAAAUACAGUUUAAAAGUGGCAAACACAAUAGCUGCUGAGGAUGAAGAACGCAGUAAAUGGUAUAAGAAACGCACUCCUGGCCCAAAUGGUGUUUCUGAAGUGUCUGAAAAAUCAGUAUCUUACUCAGUCAAUAUCGAGAACAUAACCUGUACUUGCAGAAUGUGGGAUGUCACAGGGAUUCCGUGUCGGCAUGCACUGAAGGUCUUUGUGGAUAAAAAAUUGAAAGCAGAGGAUUAUGUGGCCGAUUGUUACUUGACUACUACUUGGAAAAAGCAGUAUAGCAACUCUAUCUCUCCUGUUGAAGGAAUGAAAUUCUGGAAGGAAGCUACUGGUCCUAAACUUGACCCGCCACCUAGAGACAAUGACAAAGGUAGAAAGAAGAAUCCACAGAAAAGGAAGAAGGGAAUUUACGAGUCUCCUACUAAAGGAAAAAAAGUAUCUAGGCACUUGAAGGUGAUUCAUUGUUAUCGAUGUGGUAUGGCUGAGCAUAAUGCACUGCAUUGUAAGUAUGAUGGAGUCCCUAACAAGUCGAGGAAGGUUUAUCCGAGGAAGAAGAAACACCGAUCACAAAGUGAGUCAAUGUCAUUUGACCAAGGUGAAGCUCCAGGACCAAGUCAGCCAAUGCAAACAUGACUAACUUCAGGUUCUCAUGUAUUUUCAAGAACAAGGCAGCCUAAAGUUUGAUAAUAGUUUUUGGUGAUUUAAGUGUAUUAGGAAGCAGCUUAGUAAAGAAAAUGUUGGUUUUGGCUGUUUUAGACUUUUAUCGGCUUCUUUAUGUGUGACUUAAGAUGUUGUUAUAUCUAAUCUAAAACUUAUUAUGUUAUGACAAUCUUGUGUUUCAAAACUUCUUAUGUUUUGACUAUUUUAUGAUUCAAGAC